GCAUGACGCAAAAUGAGGAAGUGAACUUUGUAGUAGGUGUUAGCAAAUGUUGUUAGCGAAUAAGUUUUGUAUGUAUUUAUGGAGGAGGCACCUCGUGUAAUAUUACAGACUUAGAAAGUGGAACCAAAGAUACUGAACCAAAGAUGACUGAACCUUCACGUGCGAGCUCAAGUUUCACCACCUGGAUGGCACAGUUGGGUGCCAUUGCUUCAAUAAUCUGUGCGAUUGGAGGCGCAGCUCUCUUCGCCUCUGUUCACAAGAUUGAGGAGGGACACACUGGAGUUUACUACAGGGGAGGAGCUCUCCUGACCACCACCAGUAACCCUGGGUUCCACCUCAUGAUGCCUUUCAUCACUAACUUCAAGUCUGUGCAGACCACUCUACAAACAGAUGAAGUGAAGAAUGUACCAUGUGGCACAAGUGGGGGAGUGAUGAUUUACUUUGACCGGAUAGAAGUGGUGAACUACCUGGUACCCUCAGCAGUGUAUGAUAUAGUGAGGAACUUCACAGCGGAUUACGACAAGGCCCUGAUAUUCAACAAGGUUCACCAUGAGCUCAACCAGUUCUGCAGCGUCCACUCUCUACAGGAGGUCUACAUCGGCUUGUUCGACCAGAUAGAUGAAAACCUGAAGCUGACCCUACAGGAGGAUCUGACCUGCAUGGCUCCUGGACUCAUUAUACAGGCGGUCCGAGUCACGAAGCCCAACAUCCCUGAGAGCAUUCGGAAGAACUACGAGAUGAUGGAGGCUGAGAAGACAAAGCUUCUGAUUUCUGCUCAGACUCAGAAGGUGGUGGAGAAGGAGGCGGAGACAGAGCGGAAGAGGGCUGUGAUCGAGGCAGAGAAGUUGGCUCAAGUGGCUGAAAUCAAGUUUAGCCAGAAAGUCAUGGAGAAAGAAACAGAGAAAAGGAUCUCUGAAAUCGAAGACGGAGCAUUCUUGGCUAAGAUGAAGGCCAGGGCCGAUGCAGAGUUCUACACAGCAGAGAGAGCGGCCGAGGCCAAUAAGUUGAAGCUGACGCCAGAGUAUCUGCAGCUUAUGAAGUUCCAGGCCAUAGCAGCUAACAGUAAGAUCUACUUUGGGAGUAAGAUCCCCCAGAUGUUUGUUGACUCUGGCCCCUCCACUAAGGCCUCUGAUGCCAUGGACGUCCUAACUGAACAGAUCCUGGACCUAGACUGAUGGAGGGAUGGAAAGGAGAAGAGACCCAUCCCAGGACUGGAGCUGUGGAGCUAGGCCCAUGCCAGCCACAAGGUGGGUGAAAGAUGAGCCUUGGGUACGUGUCCCAAAUGGAAUCCUAUUCCCUAUAUAGUGCACUACUAUUUUUUGAAGUAUCUGGCCAGUGAAAAUCUUAGUUUAAAAAUUGAUAUUCUGUUAACUCAUACCAAAAUGUUUUUGACUUGUCUUAUUCAUAUUUGUGGCCAAAGAACUUUAUACAUUUUUAGGGAAAAAACACUUCAAAAACCCCACCUCAAACAGUCCAUUAAAAAAAAAAUGUUAUGCUUGCUAUUUUCUCAUAAAACAUGUCACGUUGGCUGAGCUGGCCAAUGAGCGGUCUACUAGCGUGAAUAUUUUUAAUGACCAGUAUACGGCCACACCAUUCUGUUGUUGGGUUACGCCCACACCAUUCAAACACAGGAAAGCUGCUUUUUAACAUAAUUAAUUGCCAGGUUUUUUGGAAGGAAAACUAUUUCACUCAUAUGUUAUUAAUUAUAGGUCAUAUUUCAUAGAAGUCUGGUACACAGAUACUUUAAAGAGGCAAUCGGCAGUUGCUACGUUCACGCUUGUUUUACUCCAGUGUUUGUUCACAAAGUAAAUGUAAACAAACACUAUAUAGCCUCAACAUGACCCAUAGCUCUGUUUAUUAAUUUUAGUGGUUACAUUCUUCCAGCCCCAUCCCUCAUCUUUUUACCAAACAUUUAAAAAUAUAUAUACUGCUGAUUGCCUUUUGAAAGCGCAACUGAAGGCAAACAACUUCUCUGAUAGAAAAUGGCAUAUGUGGCAUCUAUAUUAGUCAAACAUUUAUUCUAGUGUCAAAAUUUACUACAAAGUGUAAAUAGGAUAAUUUUGUACAUAAAGUCAGUCUUGUCCAAAACUGAGUUUUGUAAGUGAGUUCUUCAUGACUUACUUGAGGGUUGGGUUUUGAUUUCAACAAUGCUCACUUGCCCACUAACACAGGGUUACACAGCUGUGGUGAUUGCCUCUAUCCAAUCCUACUGCAGAACACACAGACAGUGAGACAUACCUGCCCAUUAGCAGGUAACCCGGGACCGGUUUAAAAAAUGAAUGGAAGUAUGGAGGUGGUUUUGUGCCUACAAAAAAAGGGGUUAAAUAUGUGUCCCAAAAAACUAAAUAUUUCCUGAACUUUCUUAUAUCUCCUAGAUAUAGGACAGACACUUCAAAACCUUAUCCCUUAUGAUUUCCUGUCUUUUUUCCCAUUAAUGAAUGUAUUAUUCAGUGCAUUUCUAAAGCCCAAAUUAUAUUUUUAAUCACAUUUUUGUAUAUAUUUUUUUGAUACCUGCAUGGGCCUAAAAUUCCAAAUCAAAUGGCUAACUGAUCCAUGGUUUGACCAAUUCCAUGUCAGCUUAGUAGAACCCCUACCCAUAAGUGCACUACUACCCAUAAGGCUCUGGUCAAAAAUAGUACACUAUAUAGGGAAUAGGGUGCCUUUUGGGAUGCUACCCUGGACCGGAGGUUUUACUAGCCCUACAACAGACUAUUCUAAGAUUGUAUGCGAAACAAUGAUAUAUUGAAUGUAACAGUGUGGUUUGGGACAUUUUAAACAUGAAUUGAACUUUUGCAAGUGUAUGAUGUAUGUUUUGUAACUUGAUUUAAUUGGUAGUGCUUUCAUGUAUUUUCUAUGUUUUGCAUAGCUCAUAAUACUGUAAGUGUAUGAGAUAGUUGUGUAUGAUUAACUACAUUAUUAAUGAUUCAUUUACUUAAUCAUACACAAUACAUUGUUUGGAAUACCUAGUUUCUUCAUACAGAUCCCUCUCCUAUAUGAAUUGGCUGACUGUCUUUAUCUUAUCUCACCAGGAUCUUAUCAUAAUAGCAGAUGUAACAGAUCUUGACUAGCCCACUGAAUGAACAUUACUUGACCUCUGUUUCAGAGAGUGAGCAUUGAUAUUCAAUUGUUUUUUGACUCAAGAAAAGUCCAGGUUGACUUGUUUUUCUCUCAAUUAUCUAGUUAUGCUGGACAAAAGGCCAUUGUUAUAUUCAUGUCUGCUCUUGAGAGAGUGUCCUAGACACAACAGAGAGUAUCUGUUAGACUUGAGAUAUUGAGAAACAAGCUUCUCCUUGAGUGUAAACAUUGUCCCAUGCUGGAAAAGAGAGAACAAUGGCUUCUCUGUCAGUAGUAGUCAUAGUAUGAGGGAUACAGAUGAACACAUUGACAAACCACCCUCCACUCAAAGCACUUUCUACUGGUGGUGUUUGACGGUUGGUCUCAUGCUUUGCCACUCAUUUUAAACCAUCCCAUUUUAUUUUCUGGUAUUGACUACAAAUGUUGUAGGAAUGGCAAUGAACUACACAGAUGGAAACCUUUUCUGAAACUGAGGCAGACUUUGGGCUGAAACUCUCCUGGUCUUGCUUGGGAAGGGGGGUGACAUUAGAAAAGGGUUUGGGACUCACUAUAAAAGUAUAAAUUAUCUUCCGCAUCAAAUCUUCCUGGGAAUUUUGGAUUUGUGACAUUAUCUAAUUGUACAUUAUACAAAAAGUUCUACAUGCAAUACAAGCCUCACACUCAUUGAUGAACCAUCUUAACCCUCUGCUAUUGCCUAUCCCCAUGAUUUGGUGAAGGGGUGAUACCACAUAAAAUCCAAUUUUAUUGGUAACACACAUAUAUUUAGCAGAUGUUAUUGCGGGUGUAGUUAAAUGCUUGUGUUCUUAGCUCCAACAGUGCAGUAGUAUCUUAACAAUUCACAACAAUACACACAUGUAAAAGAAUGGAAUUAGGAAAUAAAUUAAUAUUAGGAUGACCAAUGUCAGAGUGGCAUUGACUAAAAUACAGUAUGAAAUUAGUAAAGCAGUAUGUAAACAUUAUUAAAGUGACUAGUGUUCCAUUAUUAAAGUGACCAGUGACUCCAUGUCUAUGUACAUAGGGCAGCAGCCUCGUAAGGUGCAGGGUUGUGUAACGGGGGACAGCCGGCUAGAGAGCGCUAUUUAACAGUCUGAUGGCCUGUCCAACCACUCCCAGUUCAGUAUUCGAGAAAAAAAUUAAAAUAGCAACUUUUGUCGUUAUCUGCUAGGCAUUUCAUACAGGUUCUACAUGAAGAAGAAAAAAGAUUCCCCUGACAUUGGAUAUUAAGAGCAUUACAGGUGCGUGCUUUAACAGUAGAUUUUAUUCUGAUUAGUCCUUUCUCGUCUGCGGUUCAUGACAGACCAUGUCCAUAGAUGUUAAUCUCGUCAGUGUGACGCAUGUUUGUUGAAGAUUGGACCAGACCUCGUUAUUUUCGAAAUAAAAUCUAGUCAUCUUACAUGGAAAGGAAUGGUGGAAAGAAAAAAACAAUAGUGUGUUUUUUUUCUUGUUAUUAGCUGACAUAUGUUAGUCAUUCAUAUUGGAAGGAUGAGUCAAUGGUAUAAACAUGUAAUGGGGUUUUCAUGAAAGAUGCAACAGCAGCUUUUUGACUCUUUCACACACUGGUGCCCUCAGUGUAGUGUUAGACUGAGUUCAUUUGGGGUGAAUCAUUUGUAUGUUUUUCACCAACGCUUUGACUAAAGCAAUGACAACUUGUUUGAGAGGCACUUGUGUUGUAUCCAUUAAACUGUUCUCUCAAUGUAACACUGGUUUGUUCUGGCUGAGUUAGCUUCGUUAGCCGUGUGAGUGACAACCUGUAUAAACUGUUUGUUAGACUCUCUCAGGUUGACUUGACUGAUAAUGACUUGAAGGAGACUCUUUUUGCGCUCGCUCACUGAUGUUAAAUUGUGAAUCAGAAAUCCAUAAUUUUGUAACGUACACAAUAAAAUGUGUUUUUCUUUGA